AUGAGGCUCGCUGCAACUUCCAGUGUUCUUGUCACCCUCUUCUUCAUUGCUCUCUUCCUUGGCUCAUGCGAGGCUCGACGCCUUCUUGUCCAUGGCGCCACGGGCAGUUCAAGCGAGUCACCUCCUGCGCCGCGCAAGUCCUUAAACUUGAAGGCUGAUGGUUCUCCGAUAAACCAGCCGAACGAUCUAUCAACUGCGGACGCUAAGGAUGCUUGCGUUGAUCAUUUCGACGCCAAGGUGAAGGAGGGAGUGGCGGUACCAUCAGGCGCAGCUCGGAUGGCGGUUAUCGGUAGGGUUUCACGGCGGCUUUCUCAUAGGAAUUUGCAAGUGGUGGGCACAGCGUUUCAUCUAGAUUAUGCUGGGCCUGAGACCCAUCCCCCCACUCACAACUGA